AUGACAGCCAUUUAUUCGACGACAUAUCACCACAACACCAAAGCCGCGUUUCCAUCUAUUUCCUCUCCGAUUGCUAUUAGACCCCUCGCCAUCACCGAAUCCACGUUUCAGGUCCUGCUUGAUGUAUAUAAGAUUGAUCCAGCCUUUCUCGAUCUGGCGCAUCUCUUUGGAGGCAGGCCCACAAGCGCUGAUGCGGGCCGCGGGGUAAUGCGCAUCCGGCCACGACUGGACGGAUGCAUCGAGUAUGCGCCAAAGAAAGCCAAUUUCCCGGGAUGGGUACCCCGCCACGUCGCCGUCUUCCAGCGCCUAGACCUGACCAACUCCGAGAACCUGUAG